UGUCCGUUUUGCACAUGCCUAAACGGCAAUGUUAUUGAUGGGGCUCGAUGCCAUGUGAGUGCAUGUGGACAGCUCUGCUUCCUGUUUGGAAGGUGCUUCGACUCUGCCCAUGUGAGUACGAGGAAAACGCCCUUCUCCUGUUUCCCGCUAGUUCUCUCUGUCUCUGUCUCUCCUCGUCCUUUGAGCUGCGGGUUUUUCGCUUUGCUGUGCAUGCAUUAGGAAGUAGCCCACCUAACUCUCUUUGACUAUCGGAGGCUCGAGCUGUCAUUCAUUAUAUAAACCAUGCGAAUGAAGAAGGCAUCAUCGGGUUUAAACAUCCCCUCCUUGCUGCAAAAAUGGGCUUCUCUUCUUGCUUGUGCUAUGCCCACUCCACUCCACUCCAGGUUACAAUUUCAACUUCAUUUGGACAGAUUGCCAGUUCAAGAUUGAUAAAAAUGGCUUCAGAUCAAAAUUCUAUAGGAGCACAUCAAAGAUCCUCGUUUCCUCUGAAAGGUUGUAACACUGAGCUUUUAGGCCGACAGAUGCCAAGGGCGGGAGACAACAUACGCAGGGAGAGGAGUUUUGCCCGAGGAUCAAGAAUUAUUAUAAUACCAUACUCAGCAAGGUUCAUCCGAAACCCGAAAGCCCUUGGAGUACAUGCUUCUUGGUUGACAACAUCUGAAAUUGCUAGCAGUGCUUUCACUUGGGCAACCGCGGCUGUUCUCCCUUUCUACACUCUCAUGGUCGUAGCUCCUAAGGCCGAACUGACGAAGAAAUCCAUGAAGACUGGUGUUCCAUUUAUAGUGCUUGGGCUUUUCUAUGCAUACUUAUUAUACCUCUAUUGGACACCCGACACGCUAAAGACAGUGUUUUCAAGCAAAUAUUACAUGCCAGAGCUUCCUGGGAUUGCAAAGUUGUUCACAAAUGAAGUGGCUUUAGCUUCUGCAUGGAUUCACUUGUUAGCUGUAGAUCUCUUUGCUGCAAGGCAAGUCUUCCAUGAUGGAUUGGAAAACCAAAUCGAGACUCGGCAUUCGGUCUUUCUUUGCAUGAUGUGUUGUCCCAUUGGAAUCGCCACUCAUUUCGUCACGAAAGCAUUAACUAGGAGUGAUAAAACUAGUAUGAACACCUAGAGGGGGUGAGUAAGUGUUUAAAAUAAAAUCGAAGGCAAAUAAAUGCAACAUAGAAUAAGUCAAGAUCAAAAUAUGAACAAAGAUCAGAAUUUGUCAUGUGAUGAAACAGACUUUUGAAAUAGCCUGUAAGUGUGCAAUAGAUUUAAGUAAAAUGAGUCAAGGGAAGAGAAAAUUGCACAUGAGAUUUUAUAGUGGUUUGGCUCAAAUUAAGCCUAUGGUUACUCUCUCACAUUGACAACUUACUUGCUAGAUUCCACUAAAGAAUCAAUAAGAGAUUACAAAUAUGAGUGCAAACACUCACUGGUAGAUCGCACUAAUUCAUAAGUCACUCUUUUUAAUGUUUCUCUAAUCACAAGUUGUAAAGCUCAUAGAAAAAGACAAGUAAUAUUGAGAUCAGCUUUAGACCUUGGAAUUUCAGGUUCAUGUAUGUCUUUUUGACCGAUUCAUUUCCUUAAAUAUUACUCCAUUCUACACUAGCCUUUAGCCAAUUAUCGAAUGAUUUUCUUCUAAUCUACCCGUUGGCUAGAAUGAUUCAAAGAGAUUUUGUGGCCCUUAAAGACAGAGAGAAUCUUCACUUGAUUCCGAUCGCCCAUACAAAUAGAAUAUUGAUUUUCAUAAAUAUAUCUUUCUCAUUUGGAACUUGUCUCUAAAAUUGAUUUCAUUAAUUUGUGAUUUGACUCGAUGAAUAUAUAUUUAUGGAAAGUCCAAAUUAUUAGCCAUUGCUAAUUAUAUUUUAA